CAGUUGUCGUGUCCAGUACCAGUGAAGCGCGCGUGUCCGUGUGUGUGCGUCCGUGCGCACGAGGUCGUGUACAGUCCAUGCCAAAACCGCGUCGCUCCGGUACCGCACCGAACAUGCAUCUGUGUCCGUCCGAACUAUCGACGAUGUGACGGUUGUACGUUCUUAGUGUUUUAUCUUUUUAGUUCUUUUAUUUUUCAAAGACAGUGAUCUCACGGAUGGGGACUUUGGAAGUGAGUUUGUCGUGAAGAUGGCCCAGCCGCCGAUGCAGCACCACUGCAAGGACUGCGGAUUGUUCUUCGACUCCGGCAAGUCACUGGACGUGCAUCUGCAGUACCACAAGGAGAAUCUACUCAGCAAGUGGGGCAACAGUUCUGGUGAGGAGAGUAACAAUAAUAAUGUUAAACCCAACAAGUCCCCCAGAGUCGCCGCUGUGCCGGCGGACUCCAGUGAUUCGGUCAUGGACAGAUUUUCACCAAAUUUCAAUUUCCCCGUAAAUCGAUCAACUCCACCUAAUUCAUUUAAUUAUUCUCAAUCUGAUAUGCGACCUCCUUCUGUUGGCCAAGACGGUAGUAGACCUAAUUCCAAUUACAACCCCAAUGCCGAACCUGACUAUAUCCUAGGCACGGGGUCAGGGUUUCCUCACAGGCGGUCCCCAACACCAACUUCACCUUCACCUCUUGUUAUGCAAACGACAACUUCUUACCGCUACCGCCCUUAUCAACAACCCGUGUAUACCCAUCAGGAUCAAAGAAACGGCGGAGUUUCUUCAUCAUCUCCAGGUCUGAUGGCUAACCAACAGACUUCCCACCAGUGCGAGAAGUGCGGUUAUGUUUGUGAAAGUCCUACCUCUUUGUUAGAGCAUAUUCAGAAUUCUCAUCCUCCCUCCCCUCAUGAUAACUAUGGUUUUAACAACGAUUACAUAGGCCAACAAGAACUUAAGAAUGAACCUCAAGCUGAAAUUUUAGAUUUAGACUCGCACAAAGUUCACGUGUAUCAACCCCCUCAGGGAGAAGAAAGUAGUCAAAAUAGUCAAAGUAGUCAGUUAGAUCCCGGUAUUGUUCCUUGGAUGACCAGUUUACAAGAGAAAAAGCUGUACCAUCCGAUGCAGAUGAACGGUAGUGGCAUGCCUUCUCCGGACUUUAAUGUUACUACAACUACUCUUAACUCACCUGAAAUACCUCAUCACCAGUCAUAUCAUUACGAUCACCAUAUCAAUUCUCCGAACCAACUACCUCCUCAGAUUACCUCAUCUCAAAUGCCUCCUUUAACCAAGCCGAGCAUGCCGGCCAUGUCUAAAUCUUCAGGGAAUGCUUCUUGGAAGUCCAACGAAGCGAGAAGACCUAAAACUUACAACUGUACUGCGUGUAAUAAGUGGUUUACUAGUUCCGGACAUUUAAAAAGACAUUACAAUACGACAUUGCAUAAAAACGCGGUGAAGCAAAGUGGUGGACCGGAUCCAGCUAAUCUACCUGUCAGCAACCAUCACCACCCGCCUAAAGAUCCGGCGCCUCCGUUCAUACCGCACCAAGACUCGCCUCCGAACUCUCAGAUCGAGGAAAAUCAGAUGAUGCCCGUGAAGAUGGAGGACGCCGCUUACGAUAGACACCAACAUCAAUUAGGUAAUGGAAAUAAUUUUUUAUCGAAUCCCCCAAACUCGCUGGCAGGCCCUUCGGAAGUUACGGGGGGCCUGCUUCUUCAUUCUACCCAGUAUCCAACCGGCCAAGAGGAGAUGAGAGUUCAACAUACGCUACCUCAUAUGCAGCAGCACCAGAAUUUUCUCCCUUUCCCAGGAGCCCCGCACCCUUCUUACCCCCAGGGUAUGACGAUGUACCCAAACUUGCAGCCCCCCCACGUUUCUUCCAUCCAGCAAACAGUUACCAACACAACUAUUGGUAACUUGGACACGCUCGAGCAAACUGUCGAUCUCCACCAGAUCUGGGGACGCAACGGAGAACUGAAGAAUCAGCUGAUCGCCCUGGCUAAGCCGACCGAGCAGGAUCCGUUGCCCAGUUUCUCGCACUUCGCUCAAAACUUCGGGUUCGCGCCGUCACUCGCGUCUUACAACAGUGCGCCGCGGCAAGAAUCCAGCGUGUCAGAAAUGAACGUGGGGGGGCUCAGUCCGUCUCAAGCUUCAGGAAUGGAGUCUUUUUAUCCGUCUACGAGUCCAGCACCCGGGCUAAACAUUUCUAAUGUACAUAGUAUAAAGAAAGAAAUCCUCGCCCCUGAAGAUAGCAACACUCUACCUCUCUCUGAGCACGGCAGCUACGAAGAAUCUUGUUCCUCUCCCGAAAACAUGCUUCCGACAUCGACAGAAGACGACUUGGAAAAACCGGUGAUGUUGGAGCACGUGAAAAUAGAAGACAACUACGUCUCCAGCACCAUGACAGAUAGAGAUGCGCCCAUCACUCCUCAGAUCAGGUGUAUAGACUGCGACAAAGUCUUCAACAAGGCAUGUUACCUCACUCAGCACAACAAGAGCUUCCACACUGGAGAACGACCGUUCAAAUGCGAAAUCUGCGGGAAAAGGUUCGAGGUCGAAUCACAACAUCUGGAGCACUUGGGUAAACACGCCGGGGACAAACCGUACAAAUGCGAACUCUGCCCGAAACAGUUCAACCACAAGACGGAUCUUCGUCGUCACAUGUGUCAUCAUAGCGGCGAGAAGCCGUUCUGCUGCGGCAUUUGCGGCAAGGGCUUCAUCCGCAAGGACCACAUGGUGAAGCACGAGGAGACCCACAGGAAGAAGUACUCCAUAUCUCGGGUGUACUCUCUGGUGGAGAACACCUCGCACAAGCUGGGCGAGCCGCUGUCGGUCAACCACUGACUAGAGGUAACCAUCAUAUUGAAGCAAACUUGUUCUCACAAAUGUUUCCUAGGAUAUCGGGUUGCAAACAUUGUUCUAAUUCUGUUUAUUAUUGUAAUAACGUUUUUGCUGGUAAAAUUCAAAGUGUUAUUGCUAUAGUUUAAGUUUUUUGUGUA